AUGGAGUCGAUGGAGCCCAAGGACAUCGACUGGAGCAGGGUGGUGUCCCGCUACGUGCGCGACGACACCUACGAGGGCAUCCACGCGCCGCGCUGGGCCGACCUCGACGACCCCGACGCCGUCGCCGUCGACGACCACGCCUGGUUCUGCCGCCCCGAUUGCAGGCAUCCGAGGACGGCCGAGGACUUCGUCAGGCAGACGACACCCAGCCCCAAGGGAAAGCUACUGCGAUCGGUGUCCGCCAUGCUGCCGUUCGGCGAGAGGGACGCCAAUCUCAGGGACGGCAACGACAACAACCUCAAGAGACGAGGCGCCGCCGUCCCCGCUGGCGGCACUGCGGCCUUCGCCUCGCCGAGCAAGCCGAAGGCGGCGCCCAGGAAGCGGUUCCAGGACGACGCCGAGAACCAGGACCCUGCGCUGACCACGCCGCCGCCACCCGCUGCAGGCAGGCCGCCGUUCGGCGGCGCGCCGCGGUGGGCCAAGAACGCCAAGGAGGCCAUCAAGUCCAGCGCGGAGAAGCGGCCGGGCAACGCCGAGAGGGAGGCGCUGCUCAGCAAGCACGUGCCGCCCAGGCAGCUCAAGAGCACGCUCUCCGCCAGGAACCUCUUCUCCGGGAGAGACAUUCUUGGCCAGAUUUCGGAUUUCUACAACGAGCUCAAGCGGAUGGCGGGCGGUGGUGGCAGCGGCAACCAGCAGCCUGUCUCGGAGGAGGAGAUGAGCCCGAUCCCAAUAAAUGGCAGUGAUGCAGUGGACUGCAGCGGCAGUAGUGGUGCUGGCCGGGUUGCCCCGGAUGCUGUGAAGAAGGUGGCGAGGCAAGAAGCGGUGGAAAAGACUCCAAGCCCAUUGAAGGGAAAGAAGAUUGGGUUGAAGGUGGAGGCAGGGAAGCAAAGAUCACCCUCUGUGUUGAGGGAGGUGAAGGCGACACCACCUACCCCGCAGCGGUUUCCAUCGCCCUCGGUGAACCGUGUCAAGAACGUGAAAGCUGCAGGCAUGGCUACCUCAAGCUCACCACUCAAGAAGCCACUCAAGGAUAAGGUAACGCCAAAUAAGGAUCAGGAGAACAGCAGAGAUGCUAAGAGGCAACCUUUUGGUGUUAAAGAUAUGAACAACACCAGGGCCUGUGAGGCCGAAGAGGGCUCCAGUGGCGUGUUUUGGUUCUUGAAGCCCUGCACUUUCCUGGUGGAGUAAACAUGAUGUAGUUACAGUCAUUUUUUUGUUUCAAUUUUAAAUACUCCCCAGUCCCAGUUUCUAUUUGAUUGAUUCAUCUGAUGGACAUUCUGUCAGGCAAAUAAACAGCAAGCAUAUGUAUAGUUACUAGUGGAGUCAUACAAGUCGAGGGAUUCCUCUGAUAUGUAGAAUUCAGGAUAUAGCAAAAUGUUGUUCUUCUUCAGCUACUUGGUUGUUUGACCAAAGAUACUGCACAUUUGGUUUUAGUGAUUGAUAUAAAUACCAACU